AUGCAUCACCUUGCUUUGUUUCAGCUGAGCUCCAUAAGACUCAAGGUGCAGAACAUGCAGAAAUAUGACAACUUUAACUUGCUGGCCUUAAGAGAUCACCUCAGAAAACUAAAGAACCGACUGGAGUCGUGCCGCCACUACGACAAGACGCAGCUGGAUCAAUGCUCCAAUGUUUUCCUAUCCAACAUCAGCUCUCCAGUUGUCACCCAGCUUAACCCUUAUGGUACAACAUACCCCUUUGGUGCCUGGGGAAAGGAAAGCAGGCAUGGCAGCCCCGAACUGUACUGGGUUCAAUCUCUGCAGAGUGGUAAUACGUAUGGCAUCACUCUGCGAACAUACUCCUCUUUUGAAGACUUUGUGAUGUCAAGGAACCACAAAGACAUCCCAGUGACACCUUCUUACACCACUACCUAUUCCAUCCAAGGACCUGGUACAGUCUUAUACAACGAGUCCCUCUACUACAACUGCUACAAGUCCCCCAACGUCUGCAAAUAUGAUUUGAAAACCAACACCAUCCAGCACAUUGCUUUGCCAGAUGCAGGUCACGAUAACAAAUUCCCCUACUGCUACUACUCCUGCUAUGGCACCACUGAUAUUGACCUCUCUGUCGAUGAGACAGGUCUCUGGGAUAUCUACGCCACGGAGGAAAACUAUGGCAACAUAGUGAUUAGCAAGCAGAAUUCCUCCACCCUGGCCAUGGUGCAGACCUGGAAGCUUUUCAAGAAGUCCGUCACUAAUGUCUUCAUGGUGUGUGGCGUACUCUAUGCCACACGUUACUUGAGCCCUAAGCUAGAGGGGGUCUUUUAUGUCUUUGACACAGUCACUGGCCACGACACAAAUAACCUGAGCGUCCCUUUUGAGAAGAUCUCAACAGAUAUACAGAAUCUCCACUACAACCCCACCGACCAUCGACUCUACCUUCUCAAUUAUGCAAAUGCCUAUGAACUUACCUUCUGA